GGCUGCAAUGGAGCAGGGGGUGUCGGAGGGGAUGAUGAAGGCACUUGGCGAUGUCCCCCUGUCGCCCACCCUGUUACCUUGGGAUCGAUUUUCCAACUGGCUACACUGUGCGUGUGUUGUCACGUUUGAUCUGGAGCUUGGACAGGCGAUGGAGUUGAUCUAUCCAGGCCAUGUCAAACUCACAGAUACAGAGAAAGCCAAUAUUUGUUACCUGUCAUUCCCAGAUUCAAAUUCAGGAUGCAUGGGAGAUACUCAGUUUCACUUCCGUAUCCGACAGAGUCCUGGGCGCAAAACAGCAUCUCAUCAUCAGUUCAACAAGGACUACCCUGUCUCUAUCCAGAGUGAUGGUGCCUAUUACUAUGGUUUCGUGUUCUUUCGACAAACCAAGGACCGGUCUAUUCGUAGAGGGUACUUCCAGAAGUCACUGGUACUGCUCUCCAAGCUGCCAUUUGUAGCGUUGUUCCAGCAACUUGUCAGUAUAAUAGCGCCAGAAUUCUUUGAGAAUGGUGAACCAAGUUUAGAAGCAGCUUGUCAUGAUAUGGACCAAUGGCCUGAUCCUGUACCUGGGGAGACAGUUAACCUACCCAUAUUUGGUAGUGUCUUACAGACGUCCAUUGAGUCUCGAGUUCCAUCACGUUCAGAUAAAGUAUUAGGCCGAGGGCAAAACAUACGUGUUGGGGCGCCCACAGUCCCAGCCCAUUCCAUUCUUCCAUCGCUUUACGAAGUGGACAUCUACAGUGCAUUUUUACCUAUUCUACCUCACAUACAGAUGUUAUGGGAAUUAGUAUUAGCUGGAGAGCCACUGGUUGUCAUGGCAGCGUCGCCAUCCAUAACAUCAUCAACGGUGCAGGCUUUGAUCAGUUUGAUCGGGCCGCUAAAGUUCUACGGUGAUUAUCGCCCAUACUUUACAAUCCACGACAGCGAAUUUAAGGAGUACACGACAAAAACUCAGGCACCACCUCCAGUAAUUCUUGGUGUCACAAAUCCAUUCUUCGCGAAAACUCUCCAGCAUUGGCCAAACAUUAUUCGGAUUGGAGAAAUGACACACGGAUCCUCCAAAAUUUUCAACAAGUUAAAAAAAGCCAGUAGCCUGAAAACACUGGACUCCAAACCAGGUGUUUACACAAGAUACAAGGCUUUUCUCACGAAAGAUAAAAUCAUUCUGAAAAGACUCAUAAAGGGUAUCCAGAGUAAACGACCCCCGGAGGCGCAGAAUGCAAUAUUACGUCGUCACUUCCUGGAGCUCACACACAGUUUCAUGAUACCUCUGGAGAGAUACAUGGCCAGUUUGAUGCCAUUACAACGCAACAUAUCACCUCACAAAGGACCCCCAAGACUGCGUCCUUUCGAUCCGGAGGAGUUCCUGCGAUCCCUGGAACACUCUGGCCCCCAGCUGACAUCGGGUGUGAAAGGCGACUGGGAGGGAUUGUACCGCAAGUUUUUUAAGAGCCAGAACUUUGAGGGGUGGUACUACCACCGCCAACAUGAGGUCAACCAGAAACUUCAAGUUCUUCAUAUGGAGGCUUUGUGUGACUCAGACCUGGUGGCCUGGAUACAGGACAAAGAGGAAGUAGAGAUUGUCGACCUCAUCCUCCGCAUACGAGAGAAGCUAGCGUUUGCUGCCAGUAACCAGAUCGCUGUGAGUAGUGACAGUUUAUUGAAACUUAACAAACACAUGGACAAUAUUGUCUCGUCAUUGCCUGAAGAUCUGCAGGCAGUUCUGAAGAGUUGACACCGGACAUACAAAUAGCUACCAUAACGACAAUCUCCACAAAGUUGGCAUCCGGCCAUCUUGGAAUUCCCUCAGUGAGGACAGUUGUCUGCAGUAUGUUUUCUUGUAAAUCAGCAGUGCUGAAUACAGUCAACAGCAGGCAGCUGUAUAUCAGCAGUGCUGAAUACAGUCAAUACCAGGCAGCUGUAAAUCAGCUGCGCAGGAUACAGUCAAAAUGAGGGCAGCUGUCACAGUACAUCUGGCAGCUUCGAGAUCAUCAUCAUGACCACCAUCUGAGAAGCAUUCAAGGUCGUUGGUGGUCAAGGUCACAGGCACCACAACAUAAAACAAAUAAGCAAUGUUUGUCAUGGUCGUUGUCAUGGUAUUGAAGGUCAUGACCUACUUCCCUGACUGCCGUCUUGUAGACGGUUGUCAUAUCCUAGUCCUGUGGAAUAUUGGCAUGCUAGUUCAGGUCGACAAGACCACCCAGUCAUCAUAUUAAUAGAAUGAAGAUAACUGUUCCUCAUAAAAAAAAUAAGGCUGUUUUUUUAUUUUUAAAUAAUAAACACCCUUUAAAUUAAAAAUGAAAUCUUGGUGAUUUUAUUAAGGAUUGUUUUUACAAUACAGACGUAGUUGUGGUUUUCUCCUUUGUAUUUGUAAUAUUACAUUAUAACCUUGUUCAGACAAUACAUGUUAUUAUUUUAGAUCUGAAGCAAUUCCCUUGAUAUUUAAAUUUCAUUUAACUGCCGAAUGAUUUCUACGCCCAGUGCAAUGGAAAUUUUCCAGUUUUAUCCCCUCCAUUUUUUGCAUACAUACCGAUCUUAACAAUAACUAUGUUAGUCUGAAAAGUUCAUUUUGUUUUGGGAACAAUUGUACGCUUGUCAAAAGUGGAAUUUAUUUCAGUAUUUAAUCUUAUCCAGAGACCUCCUCUUACAGUUUUUGAUAGAUCUCUUUGGAACUUAACAGGCUUUAUAAUCAUGAUAUUAAGUUGUGUUUUCUUGAGGGGCAUUUGGAUUUUUACAAUUUGUAACAAGUUACAUUAUUGCCCUUUGUUGAUUUCAGUAUUGGACUUAAUUGUCUAGAUAUCUUCUGACAUUGUUUUUAUCAAAGUUCUAUAAAACUUGGUAGGAUUUGUUACCAUGACAUAUAGUUAUGGUUUCUUAAACAGCAUUCUGAUUGGGCGAAUUUUCUUAUAAUAUUUUCGUAUUGAUGAAUUAUGAUACACAAAUCUUUGUUGAUGAAUGGGCAUACGUACAUUGUUUAACUGUUACAUUAAAAGCAAGUGUUGACUUAAAAAAAGUGUGGUUCAAUUGUACAUAUAUUUCCUAACUAAGGAGGCUUCACUGUACAUUGAAACUCAAUACUGACAUA